AAUUAGUAGGCGAAGAAGGGGAACACUGCGUUCACAUUCCGUGCCUCCUCUAAUACCAAUAACACCUCUCUCUCUUUCUCUCUCUCUGCUGCAUUUACUUGGCCGCGGCUUCUUCUUCUUCUUCUUCUGUUAUGGGGAACCUGCUCUCCUGCCAAGCUGCCGAUGGCUUUGACGGCAAGGUCGUGCUCUCCGACGGCACGGUCCACGAGUUCGACCACCCAACGCUGGUGGCGGAGCUCAUGCUGGAGCACCCCCACCAGUUCGUGGUCGACGUGCGGUCGCUGUCCGCGGGCAACUCCAAGGCAGCGCCGCUUCCCGCCGACUACAUGCUGGAGCCCGACAAGGUCUACGUGAUGCUCCCCGUGGCCAGAGGGAAGGCCGCCCGCUUGUCAGCCGACGAGGCCCGCCGGGUCUUGGCAUUGGCGAGCCGGUUGAGACUGAAACAGCGGUCAGCGUCGGCGGCGCCGUUCCUGAGGGUGCUCGGAGCGCGCACGGAGGCACCGGCGGAGGAGAAAGGCAAGAAGGCGGCGGUGGAGAUGAAGCAGGAGGAAGAUUCAAGGGGGGAGGAUGUGGGGGCGAAGAUGGAAGGGGUGGAGGGAUGGCCGUCCUCGGAGCGGCCGGAGUUCUUGAGGCAGUUCUCGAGCAAAAGGUGGGCGCCAACUCUGGGCACCAUAGUGGAGAAGAGCAUGGAGAAGAAGGUGCCUCACUGGUUGCUCUAAGAUACAUCGAUUGAUUGAUAAGAGUUGAUGGUUGCCAACACUGACGUGUCUAUCAUGCAAAGUCUGAUAGAGUUGCGUUGUAUUGAGAUGGGAAAGUGAGGUCAGAUUAGAGAAGACCCAAAUCCGAACCGACUCGACCUGUGACAAACAAACACAACUAUUUAGUGUCCGGGCCGAUCGAUCUAUAAAUGAACUCUAUUAUUAUGUGACCAACUUUAUACUUCAACGGAUAAUUCUUCGCAACUUAGGGCAGAUAUCACACCCACCUGGGUCCUUUCUCAAUUCACAUCAAGACAUGUCUAGGUUCAAA